AUGUCUUCAGAGUGGCAACCACUUGUUUUCCGUGUGAUUUCGCCUGUCGAACCAAACUCGCCGAGUUGGCCUUCAUUAUAUUGGCCACUCAGCGAGAGCAAAGUGAACAUUCGGUAUCCAGACGACAUGAUAAGGUUUACGCUUUACUGGACUAUAAUAUUUUUUGAAGUGAUAUAUGGUGUAGCGGGCUUAUGGGCAUUGGCAGUUUCUUGGCGAUACAAGUGGUCUUAUGUGAUUCCUGUUGCGUUCGUGGUCACGGCACUGCUAACCGGAUCGCUUAGCGGAAGUAUAGUAGGUGGCGUCCUUGCAGCACUGUAUGGGACAGGCCAGUUUCCAAUGUCAACAUGCAAAGGGAGGAAUCAAAGUAUUCUUGUUCUAAAUGCCAGAAGACAUGGUCUUAAAGACAAUGAGAGAAGACCACAUAGCACUGCUAGGAUCGUGACACGUCUUCGGAAUGUAAAGGGCGAUAUAAAGGGCGGACUGAGCGGGCUGGUUAGGUAG